AUUUGCAGCAAAAACAUGGAGGCUAAAGUUAAAAUACAACAACAAACACGCUACUUUACAUGUAGAGAUUUGGGAAUGUGUGCUGUCUAUGAGGAUGGAGUUCUAUCCUUCAGCAUUCCAACAGCCCGUGUGCUUUAAAGCACAGCACUCGAACGAUUUUUUCAAGUUGCUGUUGUGUUCUGACUCUCUGACUCUGGAUUCUCCGAUUUCUUGAUUCCACACCAAUGCACAAAGCUGUGCUCAGAAACAGCCCCUCAUGUGUCAUUCCAGUUCCUUCCCCUGCAUUGUGUCACCCAGCUCUGGGAACACUGCUUUUGGAUCAGAUCCUGCAGGCAGCAGAGCUCUUCCCGUAAGAAUGCUCAAAGACCAGAAGUGAAAGCAAAAUUGACAGAUUGCACAUAACGUCCAGCAGCGGAGCAUCCGGCAGCAGAACACCCUCAGUGGGGCUCAGGCCGCAGCUGCUGCAAAGCCUGUGGUCCCUUGGUGCCCGGGGAUGCUUUCACCUUCAUCUUCUCCUCUGAGGAUGGAAUGAGCGACUCGUGAUCCCAUGGAGUCUGAGUCUAGGUGAUAAAUUGCAUCGCGUGCUGAUGAACAGCUGAUCGCCGAGGCUCUGGGUGAGUGAGAAGUCGGGGGAGCUGAGGAUUCUAGGUAGUAAGAAAGCUGUGCUAACUGCUGGAAGUUCUGUGCAACAGCCAUCUAUGCUAAAGCUAGAAGUUGUAGGUAAUGGUAAGCAGUGCUGCUUGCUAGAAUGUUGAUGGAUUCCUGCACUCAGCUUGUAACCAGGGCCCUGAGGUCUGUCCUCACACCUGCCAGGGAUGCCACAGUGGGAUAAGCAGUGGCUCAUGGCAAUCCCAAUGCCCUGUAAGCCCACGACUGUGUGCACAGCUGUGCGUGAGAGUGGCCGGGACAGAAACAUCUGGGGGAGCUGGGAGGAGUGCAGUGGGGAAGUAAUUGUUUCCACAUUGAUGAUUCAGCAGCAACUGUGACAGAGCAACAAAACUCCACUGCUUCGUACACACGUUCCAGAAUUAGGAACUGCUGAACUCGAAGCAGGUGAUCCUUUAGCACUGCCAGGUGGAACACCGUCUGUUGGAUUAUGCUAAAUUAUCAAAUUACCCUAAUCUAAACAAGGCAAACACAAGAUAAAUGUCAUCCAGACCCAGGUUCUCACUUUUCACCAAAUGGUUCCAGAGCGACCCUUGGUGAAGAGCCUAACAGCUGUUUGCUCUUGCCUCUGGUCCUAAAAUCUUCAUGGAAGCUCCUGUUGUAACCACAGCACGGUAACCAGUCAUUCUGGAGGAAUUCCCAGAAGAAGGUUCUUGUUCCCAUUGAAUCAGGUGAGAGUCCCAAAUAUCCUGAAAGGCUCCUGCUGUAGAGAACUGCAUUUCCAAAGCCUCUUCACUGCAGCAGCACCGUGCUGAACAAUGGCAUCAGGAGGCAGGAAGGAGAAUGCAGUGGCUGAGCUCCUAUGGUACAGCCUGGAGCAACUGGGGAAGCAUGCUCUCACAGAGUUCAAGGCUGAACUCAGCAAGAUCCAGCCUAAGGAGGGGUACGAGUGCAUCGAGCUGGACAGUGUGACGGAUCUGUCGCCAGCAGCGCUCGCCAGCUUGCUGUACAGCCACUUUGGGCAGUCCCACUGCGUGGAGGUGACAGCAGAUGUGCUGUGGGCCAUGGGAUGGAUGGCUCUGGCCAACGAUCUCCUGGACAAGCUGAACCAGGGGGCAAGGUUUGUUGAAUGGAGCAGUGACCUCCUAAUCCAGAAAGUCUAUAACGUGGAUGGGACCAUGAAGGAACUCCUCCAGGAAGGUGUGCUGAGCUCUGAGCAGCAUGACAGCAUCAUGGCAGAGAGCACCAACCUGAAUAGAAUGCAGAAGCUCUAUGAACUGGUGCCAGCAUGGGACGUCACAGCCAAAUAUUGCCUGUAUGAUGUACUGAUGAGAAAUAAUCCCUCCAUCUUCUUGCAAUAUUUAGCAGAUACCAGGGCUGAAUCAUGCUUUGAUGAGUUCAGGAUCGAAGAACAAGAUACCUCCUGGGCCGGUCCUGUGACAUAUCCAGACAUCUGCCUGUCCAGUUCUGUGAUCUAUCCAGGUGGGAUAGAAGAAGCAGCAAUAUCUGAGAGCACAGAUACAAAUUGGAGAAAACUGAUGGGAAAUCAAAAUCUGCUCACACCAUGUGCGCCUCCAGAACAUGAGCCUCCACAGAUGGAGAGUGACAGUGGCACACACUCAGGUGCCAAAUGCAUGGCGUGUCCCUGGCCAGAGGAUGACAGGGCAGAAGAAGUGAAGCCAGAGAUUACUGGAGGCAAAGAAGGCAAGAAAGAGAAAUACAGAGCUCAUUUCCCUCGGGCCGGUUUCUUCCGCUGUGCUGAGACAGAGCUCAAGUUCCUGGUGAGGACGGCCACCACUGUUGAGUACGAGUACUCCUUCUGGGAACGUCACCUGCCUGAUGGGAUCCCCGCUGGAUGGAUGGAGGCUGGACCGGUGUUCGACAUCCGUGCUACGCUGGGUGCUGUCGAGGCCAUUCAUCUCCCUCAUUUCCUGUGUCUCGCAGAGGGAAAUGUGAACACGUCUGAGAUGCGUAUCAGCCAUGUUGUCAAUGGGAACCUGCUCCUGGAGAAGCCUGAUGCAGUGAAGCCAUUCCAUGCAGAGUUGAGGGACCCCAGUUUCUCCCCCAUGGGAGUCAUCUUGCUUUCUGCCGCAUUCCCCUUCAUCCCCGUGCACUCCCUUGUGCUGCUCUACCGUGUCAUCAGGGCUGCCGACAUCACCCUUCACCUCUACCUCAUCCCUAACAACCACGGCCUGGAAAAGGUGGUGGACAAGGAUGAGAAGAGACGAGGCCAUUCACUCUUGGUGAACAAACCUCCCCAGACCAAACGACCGCUGAACUUUAAUACAUGGUACCGCGUAUCUGGUCCUUCACAGGCAGAGAUAAACCCUCAAGAGCUGAAAUUUGUCUACCUGACAUCAGACAGCCGCCAGCUCCACACCGAGAUCUACAACAAAGACCUGCAGGAGGGAAUGCAGCUCACUUUGAUGAAGGUCGCCCAGGAGGGUGAAAAGGAGUGUGACCCACUGUGGGCUGCCUUCCUGAGGGCAGGGGACAUUGAGCCUCCAGCUGCCUCUCCUCCUUCGUACUCAGCAGGGCUACAUUUUGUGGAGCAGCACCGAGAGCAGCUGAUCCAACGAGUGACAUCUGUCAGCACUGUCCUGGACCGGCUCUACGGGCACGUCCUGAGCAACGAGCAGUACCAGAGCAUCCGAGCAGUGCCCACCAUGCAGGAGCAGAUGCGGCUCCUCUACAGCUUCGUGCCCAGCUGGGACGUCGCCUGCAAGGAUCUGUUCCUGGACGCUCUGAAGGCUACCAACAGUCACCUCAUCCAGGACCUCCAGGGACAGUGAAAACCAUCUCAGGGAGGUUCUGAGUGAGCUCAGCUCAUGGGCACCUUGGGAAGAUGAGCCCCUGGAUGGGCUCUAAAUGACUCAGGGAGCCCUGAGCAGGAAGAUUCUGUCUCAUUACAAUCUCAUUUUCAUGCUGAUGGUAUCAUGCUUUAUCAAGUAAUUAGCCCUUAAUGAGCCUAAAGACCAAUUUCAGGGCAAUUUCCCUUCCUUGCUGACACCAGAGUAUUAUCACUUUUGACACACUUGGGGCUGAAUUGUGCCCUUUUCACUCGUUCUUCCCAUAUUUGUCAUCAAUUUUUCCCACUUUUCUGUCCUCGGGGGACAACUUUGAGACUGUGAACCCAUUGUUUUUCCCUUUCACUUUUCUUCGGUGGACUCUGGGAGCAAUGCAUUAGCAGCAAUUGCUUCCAGAGGUAAAGAAAUGUACAGGGACAGUUUUCCCUAUCAUCACGUAACUCAUUUCAUUUAAAUCGACCUUUGUGGUUCAGCCAUUCAGGCCUUGAAAUUCCCAAACACACCAGGGCAGGGCAUUAUCCCUCCAAUAAUAACCUCCAACAGAGCAAGAAGAGCAACAUUAAAAGUACCAAAGUAUCAGAUGCUUAUUGACAUAAUUCCACCGUUGUGUUGGCCUCAAGGGAGUGGGAGGUGGUAAUGUGCAUGAUACACAAGGUCAUCUGGGAUAUCAGCCACAUUGCGCCCAAGCUGCAAGGAUGGGGGCUGGGUCUGACAGAGUGGGGCCUGAGGAGGUGGGUUCUACACAGGAUUAUGUGUCUCCAUGGGGUCUUCAUGAGGUAGAGGUUGUCAGUGGGGCUAGGCUCCAAGGGUUGUGGGGUCCCCAUGGGGGGUAGGGUCUCCACAAGAUACAGCUUGUCAAUAAGAUGGGCUUUCAUUCGUUAUAGGGUCUGUGUGGAAGUUAGGGCCUCCAAGGGGUGGAUCUUCCAAGUGUUUACACAGUCUGCAUGGGAUACAGGGGGGUCAGCAGAACUGCUGUCCUGGACUUCUGGAGGGCAGACGUCCAGCUGUUCAGAGCAGCCAUGUCCAAACGGAGGCCCAGCACAGCUUGCAGUGCAGCCGCUCCUCUCAUCAGUGUGCUGCGAACCCGACCUGGGCUGAAAGCAGGGACAGGGAGGGCACAGCGCAGCGCCAGCUCAGGUUACGGCAAACCAGUUUAUGCAUUUUAUUACGUUGCCUUACAGUCCUGUGAGAACAAAAAAGAUGCAGCCAGGUUUUUUUUGUGGUAAAGGAAUGCGAGGAUAAGUUUCAACAUGACUGCCUAAAAAAGUCACUAGUUUAUUUGUGACUCCAUUUUCUGUCGAUGUAAGUACGUUCCCUGUGGAUUUGCAACCGGAAUCUUAGUUGCAAAUAAAGUUGCAAUCAAAAAUCUGAUCAUGUCUCUUUACCAGACUUGGAUAAGCCCUCUGUGACAGAGAGAAACACCCCUUGUUUCACAGUCACACCAUCCUCCUGUCACUGCUGUUUGGCUGUAUGUACAUUUGUCAACAAGUGUUUUCAAGGAUGAAGCACAGAAAGUAAAACUCCAUCAAGAAUCUCUGACAAAGACCUUGACAACUCACUGAGAAUUGCAAUCACUGCCACUGAAUCUGACCGAUAAGGUACUUUCACAACAAGGUCACAUAUCCCACUGGUUUUAUAUUACUGUUGCUUUCUUUUUAAUACCUUAUAGUGAAAGAUCAUUAAAAAUUAAAGUAA